AUGAAUACUGGGCGAGCUUACCACACAGCAUGCGUAUUAACAAAUGGAAAAGUGUUAGUUACAGGUGGAUAUGAUAAUGCUGGUAAUACAAAUAGUUCGGAAUUGUAUGAUCCAUCAACAGGAACUUGGACAAAUACUGGUAGCAUGAAUGAUGCACGAACUUACCACACAGCAUCCGUAUUAACAAAUGGAAAAGUGUUAGUUACAGGUGGAUAUGAUAAUGGUANCAUGAAUACUGGGCGAGCUUACCACACAGCAUGCGUAUUAACAAAUGGAAAAGUGUUAGUUACAGGUGGAUAUGAUAAUGCUGGUAAUACAAAUAGUUCGGAAUUGUAUGAUCCAUCAACAGGAACUUGGACAAAUACUGGUAGCAUGAAUGAUGCACGAACUUACCACACAGCAUCCGUAUUAACAAAUGGAAAAGUGUUAGUUACAGGUGGAUAUGAUAAUGGUAUUCCUAUAAUUAGUUCUGAAUUGUAUGAUCCAUCAACAGGAACUUGGACAAAUACUGGUAGCAUGAAUACUGGGCGAGCUUACCACACAGCAUCCGUAUUAACAAAUGGAAAAGUGUUAGUUACAGGUGGAUAUGAUAAUGGUAUUUAUGCAACUAGUGCAGAACUAUAUUAA